AUGACCUUACAUUUGAUCUCUCCUCCCUCCCUCUCCCUCCCAAUCCCUCCCAACUCCCCUUGCGCCUCCUCCCCUCCCCCUGCACCUCUUCUCCGCCCCUUGCCUCCGCCCACUCGCAGUCAGCAGGACAAAAACGAGAUGCCUUGUGAGUCGACUCAAAAUUCCCUCCCCCUGCACCUCUUCCACUCCCCUCCCCCACUCGCCCCCUGCCAGCGGACUCAGCCCCUCCCCCCUUCCAACUCGCACCCUGCCACUCGCCCCCUGCCAGCUGAUGUGUGCAGCCUGCAGGAUGACAAUCCGUGUGCGGUCGGCACGUGCAUCAACGACAACACGGGCGGCUACUUUUGUCUCUGUCCGCCGGGAUUCGAUCAAGGGUACCGCCCCAAUGCAGCGCACACAUGCGUCCCAACUUCUCAGUCGCUUCCCCUCCUCUUCUCACCUCUCCUCCUCUUCUCGCCUCUCCGCUUCUUGCUUCUCACUCACCUAUCCACACUACUUCGUCCCUCCCUCUUCCUGGCCCUCUCCCCCUCCCUCUCUCCCCCUCUCCACCUGCCUCUCUCCAACCUCCAACACCACCACCACCCUUUUUUUCACUACACGGUCAUCUUCCCAAUAGACAUCGACUGUCCGCUCGUCUACCAGCUCUACGGCCUCACAGAGAAGGCAUUCCUAGCUCAGAACCCCGACCUGACCAUGGAUCACUGCAUGACCAUCCCCGCCAACACGGAAGUGAGCGUGCUGCCACCCCUCACGGGGUCGGUGCAGUGUGGGCUGUUCUACUCGUGGACGGCAAAUGACACCUGUAAUGGCGUGGCGAGCUUGUUCUCGCUCACAGUGGGCGGCUUGUUGCGUCUCAACCCCAACAUCAACUGCACGAGUAAAACCGCCUGGAACGCUCCGACUGUGAACCAGCAGCUGUGCGUGGCAUUAGGCAACGGGGCAGACCUACCUAUGUGCACGGAGUGGUACACGGUGCAGGCAGGGGACACGUGUCCGAGCAUCAUGGCGAGUCACUCACUCAAUGACACUACAUUCUUUGCACUCAACCCGGGGCUGGGCUGCGAUAGCCUCUUCCCCUCCGUUGGUGCCAGCCUCUUCCCGUCCUUCAGUGGCAGCGGCCGCGGCUGGAGUGGCAAUGGCGUGCAGCCCAUUGCCCUCGCUCUCACAUCGUUCCUGCACACGCCUAUCUUCCCCCUUCUGUGCUCCCAUCGUCCUCCUGUGCUCCACGCCCAUCCAUCCCCAUCGCAGGUGUGUGUGGACGCAUACAUCCUGGCGGUGUCUAAGGCGCCGUGCUUAAAGUACUACUCGGUGACGAGGGGGGACUUCUGUGCGCGCAUCAUAUCGCUCAAGUUCCAGAACAGUGCGCGGAAGAUGGCAGAGCUGAACAACGGAUACGUGUGCACCAAUAGCAAGCUCUACGUGGGGCUCUCACUUUGCACCCAGAGGUAG